AAUUACAAUGAACAUAAUCAUUAAUAUUGUGUCGAAAAGGUGCUGAAUAGACAAAAUACAAGUAAUUGUCAAAUAUGUACAAACAAAAGCUGUGGAGGAUAUUCCUGCCCUACUUAAAACCGUACACAUAUGUGUGAUAAUAAUAUUAUUUAUUACCAGCAGAUGUCGUUUAAAGAAUGUUAAAAGAAACAACGUAGUUUUCGGACAACAUUUAAAGAACUUGUUUGGCGGCGCGGUGCGGUAUGCGUAUUUGCGAUCUAUGAAUAAUAUUCAUUCUAUCUGGUGCAGCGUAAAAAUAUUUUUGACACAGACUGCACUCGACCUUAACGCGGCACUAAAUGCAUAUUGUACAUCGUUAUACUUUGUAUUGAUAAUUUGGUCGUUGACAAAAUAAAAUCAAAAUUAUAUGAAAAUUAUUGUGACUUCGGUCGGAAUGUAAAUACGUGGAUACGUUUUAAAAACUUUUAUCGUAUGAUAUACCCACCGUAUUUUCAAUAGUUUAACUUAACGCGUGAGACAAAUUGAAUAACCGAAAGCGUAUGGACUAUAAUAAAAAUACACGUUUUUUAUUUUCCACCGCACAUUCAGUAGACGUGCGCGUAAUGAGUGAUAACUAUACAAUGAAGUCGAGAGUAAAGUUUACAGACCCCUUAAUUAUUUAUUACCUCGUGGCGGCCACGAAUUUGCGUACGAUGGCGUUGGGCGCGUUGCUGCGCAGGAUCGACGGCAGGGACCAAAUCGUCGUCUGGCUGUUUGUUGGAUUACGUCACUACCAGAUUUUUGGCUACGAGCCCCGAGAUUCCUUUUUAUAAAUACAUUAUAUACUCUAGUGUGUGCGUGUACGUUGUGUACCAUACGUAUGUAUACAUACACACACACACACACACACACACACAAUUUAAAGGUGCGGUCUUUCGGUUUUUUCCCUCGAAAUUCUUGGCGGACCCUUUUGGACGGAAAUAGACGUUUCUUUAAUUAUAGAGAUAUAGACAAACAGAACCGGCAGUGGGCGCUCCGCGGUCAGGUCCGACGCAUACCGUAAACAACUGCGGCCACGGUUCCCUUCGGCGUUGAACUUCGGCCGUUGCGGAGUGUGAAACGCUCGGCUGCAGCUUCUGCAGCAGCGGGCACUUUACGCUACAGAACUGUCGAGCCGUACCGAACAACGAUAUCGUAUACGGUCGCCGCCAAUCAGGUUUCUCGCAAAACGGCGACCUUCGCACGCGUUCCACGGGGUUAUAUUAAUCGGACGAAUUCGUGUGCGUUUGUGUUUAAACAACAUUUUCCUGUACAGAUAACGCGCAGGAAAUGUGAUUUUCGGCGUUGUUCCUUGUAUAAACACCGCAAUUAUCUGUGUUUGCAAAUCGUGUGUAUAAACGAUGUAUAAACAAAAAAACAUGUGCGUUGUAUAUACCUACCGACCUACGUGUUCAUCGAAAUUCCGAAUCGACAAACUGCUAUGGGGCCACGUGUACUGCUUGCGUCGAAUCAACACGACACUUCGUAUUAUAGUACAAAUGCGUUGAAUAAAAUCAACACGUUUCUGCGCAGACCGAUGCCAAAGCGAUUACCAUCCGUGAUGGAUGCCAAAAACCGAAUUCACCAAAUGAAAUGUCUACCAUUACCACCGUGCCCGAUCCAUUUGAUAUGUUUUCAAAAGUUAUGGUACACAACAAUAAUGGAUACGAAUGUGGCGCGAAAUAUGAAAAAAAUAAUAAAGCAUUGAUAAAAGAAGACUUUUUAAAAACAUCAACAUUGUUGAACCAAGCAAAAAAGACAGUUAGAGAUACAGAUUGGCAUUUAAAAAGACUGAGUGAAAAAGUAUUGCCAAGGUGCCAGUCUGCAGAUAUUACCUGUGACAGAAUUAAAAGAUAUGAAGAUGUUCCAUUAAAAACUAAACGGCAAUUUGAUCCUAGUAAUAAAAAAAUAUCGAGUGAAUAUUUUAAUAAGAACAAUGAAGAAUCAAAAUUAUUUCCUCCAUCCAAGUCCAUAAAUCAAAAGAAAAAUGUAAAUUUAAUAGAAUUUUCGAAAAAUGUAUCUAAAGCAAACGAUUCUCAGCAGCAGCCGAGCUAUACACUUCCUAUAUUACCUAAAUUAACAGAAAAAGAAGAUGAAGGAAAAAGUGACAUCAGUAAAGUGAAUAUAAAUUUCAAGACUAAAAUUGUUUCCGAUAAAAACGAAAUAAACGAUUGUAAAUUCAAAAACUUAACGGUUCUACAAAAUCCCUGUAUCGAUGUAAAACCUGAUUUAAUUACUCAGAAAUUAGCCAACAUUCAAAUUGUAUCCGAUCGUAAUAAAUCCUUAUGUAACUGCAAAACAAAUGUAGCUUAUCAUGAGUUCACAUAUGAAUCAGAGCUAGAAACAUCUUGCAAAUGUCAAUCUAUGAUUCAGCCAAAAAUAACUAAUGAUAAAGUAGAAGCUCGCAAAGAAAUACAUAAAGUUAUUUGCGAAAUGUUGGAUGACACAUCAAAAGAUUCUCUAGACGAUCAAUUAAUUAGUCAGUUACAGGAAAUAAUGGCUAAGUUAAUAGAAACAAAGCCCUUGGAGUUUGAGGAUUUAAAUGAAUUAGAAAAUUUUGUUGAUGAACAUAGUGUGAUUGGUUAUAGUAAAACUGCCAUAAAAAAUAAACUAUUAGAAAUAGCUAAACAUUUACACGAAAACGUUGAUUAUGGGAUUUCAUUUGACCAGUUGGCCGCAGAAAUUGAAAAAGAUGCUCAUCUAGUAUUAAAAAGAAUAGACAAAAUUAAAAACUCAAUUUUGACUAUAAAUCCAUCGAUAGAAUGUCCAGAUCUCUCAAAUAAUUUAAAUAAAUUCAGUAAUAUAAAAGAUGCCCAAGACAUCACAAAUCGUCAUCCAAUUAAUACUAUAAACACAAAAAAUAUUCAUUCAGACAAACAUGUUAGUGCUGGAGAAUUAUUACGCUAUUAUUCAAACAAUUUUUCCAGUCCGAAAAUGUUCAAAAGUUCAACUGUGUUAAAAGAAUUUGAUUCUCCGACAUUACUCUUUACGGAUUGUUCAAAUCAAAAUCCGAGUGAAUGCAAUAACUUAACUACUCAAACUGAGAUGAUCUAUAAAAACAACUCUCUUAAAAAAUAUCAACUAGAAUCUGAAAAUGUACAUCAAAGUAAAACCACAUCAUUAGGAGAAUAUGGUAUUUUAUCACACCUAUCGAACAAUUUAAGCUUCAAAUUAAAAACACAGCUGAUGCCAUUUGAAGAAUAUUUAAAUAAUGAUCAGAAAAAUAAUUUUACAAUUAAUGAAAAAAACUGGGAAGGUGAUAAUAAUUUAAAUAUUAAUGGAGUAGAUACAGAUUCUUAUACUACCAAUAAUGAAAUGGAAUUAAUGAGAUGUAAUCUGUUAACUAACCAUGAAGAGCAUGAAAACUUGUUAAACAAUAACAAAAAUACUGAACAUCCAUUAAUCAACAGCCAAACUAUGGAUCUUAAACGAUUAUCAUCAAAUAUUGAAGAGUGUGAAGAAUGGAAUUUAAAUUCUUUAUUAUUGACACCUUUUCCUUUCAAUAGUAUUCAACAAACCAAUAUACCUAUUAAUUUUGAAAAAGAUGUAUCAGAAGAUUCUACUACUAGUACUACUUCAAUUAUUUCUUCUACGAUGCCGUCAAAACAAUCCACUCAAGAUGUUCAAAGUGAUGCAGAAAGUUUAAUUAGUUUUGGAGAAAUCAAUCAUAUUAAUAAAUUCCACAAUGUUUAUUCCGAUUCGUCUGCAGGUGAAAUAAAAAAUAAAAAAUGAUUUUAUUCAAAUGUUUUUACAAAAUAAAAAUUAAUGUGUACAACAUAAAAA